AUGGCGUCGUAUCUCGGAUCGUUUGCACCCGCCAUGGACGAGGUCAAGAUCGACCAAAUCACCGAAAGCAGGAUUUUCAACGUUGUAUCCAUGCUUCCAACCUCGCUUCAAUCGGGACCUAUUCGAUUUCUAAGACGGAGUAUUAGUUCUCAUACACUGCGGUCUUCUGUCGCUGUCUCGGGAUCACAAGCUAAGCCUCGGCCUCUAUCAGAAGCUGAUGCAACUGCCAUGAGCCGUCCACUUCAGUCCGACAUGGUAAAACACCACAAUGGUUAUGCAGAGUCCCAAGACUUGUGCGCUCGGCCGAUGAGUAGAGUUCUUUAUUCAGAGCUACCAGAAGAUGAGCCAGUGAUGAGAGCUGCAUCUGGCCUGCAUUGGAAAUUUGCACGACAGGGCACAAAUCUUAUCAACAUCUCAGUUGAUGGCAAAGCUGCUGUAGCUGAGGACGAUGUCGCCUUUGAGAGAAAAGCCUUUGUUGACGGGUUAACCUAUCUUCUCAAAGCACUGCCACGGGAUCUUGAUGAAGGCGAAAUGAAACGCAUACAAUCCGCUUUGCCAGAUAAUGUCAAGCAACAAGAGUUGAGCCUCAUUCAAGCAGAAAGAGACCUAGACCGGACGACGAACAGAACCAGUCAACCUCGUUCUAUCAUCCAUCGAGGAGUUCAGAUGACAGUUGUCAAUUUGAUCUUCUUCCUCAGCUUCCUGAUGCCAUAUCUACUUCUACUAGUCAGGUAUGCAGCUCGGGUUGAGCGCAAGUACAAGAUCUCCGAGACGAUUAUAGGACAUGGCGUUGAUCUAGCCAACUCCAUUGGGAAGCAGAGUGCUUCUCUGACUGAAGCAGUCGGUCAAAUGAAUGACGGCAAAGUUGCGCAGGCUCUGUUGGAAGUCUUUAUCUGGACAGUCGACGGUGUCACCCAAGGCAUCUCGGACGGUCUUGGGGAGGGUCUCUCAAUAGUGGGGUCGAGACAGACACCGGGGCAUUGA